AUGGAAGUAUCGCUAGAAGAAGAUCGACGUAGGGAGGAGGAAGCCGCCGCGCCUCCUCAAAGGCGACCCCUGACUUACAUCCGUCGUAACCGGGAGGAAGCCGCCGCAAGGUUGGAACGUGAUUACUUCAGUUGGAACCCGGUAUGGGGAGAUAUCUACUUCCGUCGUCGUUUCCGUAUGUCAUGCGCGCUAUUGUUGCAUAUCGCGAAUACAUUGGCGGCACGUGAAGAGUACUUCAGUGAAGGGUUCGACGCUGUUGGCCGUACUAGCCACACGACGCUGCAGAAAUGUACUGCAGUGAUCCGUCAGCUUGCUACUGUCAACGUGCUCAACAAUUCCGACCUCUUCGCUGAAGUUCUGAAUGGUAAAGCGCCGGCCAUCAACUUCAUCGCUAACAAUCGCCAGUAUAAAAUGAGGUACUAUCUUGCCGACGGCAUCUAUCCGAAGUGGCCAACCUUCGUGAAGACGUUCAACAGGCCUGCGAACGAAAAACAGGCUCUUUUUGUGCAGAAGCAAGAGGCUGCUCGCAAGGAUGUGGAGAGAGUGUUCGGGGUUCUCCAAGCUCGAUUUAAUAUUAUCAAAGCCUAG